AUGUCAGCCCUCGACCAAUCUGUGCUCCCUCCUGCGACGAGACUCGGCCACUACCGCCAGCUCGCGCCUCGCGCUGCGAUACACGUUUCGCCGUUCGCGCUCGGCGGCGCGAGCAUCGGAGACAAGUGGGCAAAGUCUGGCCAGAGGUUUGGCGAGAUGAACAAGGAUAUGUCGUUUAAGCUGCUGGAUGCCUUUUAUGACGCGGGAGGCAACUUCAUUGAUACUGCGAACUUCUAUCAGGACGGAUCCUCAGAGUUGUGGAUAGGCGAAUGGGUCGAGUUGCGAGGUAUACGCGAUCAGCUCGUAAUCUGUACCAAAUACACGGGUGACACCAAGCGCGGCGAUUCCUCCGUCAAGCAAAGAGCAAACUAUGUGGGCAACAAUAUCAAGUCUAUGAAGCUCGGUCUCGAAGAAAGCCUCAGGAGGCUGAGGACGACCUAUAUCGACCUCUUCUACGUACACUUCUGGGAUCUGCACACCUCCGUCGAAGAGUUCAUGGAUGGCCUACAUGUCCUUGUCCAGCAGGGAAAAGUGCUCUAUCUGGGAAUCUCAGACGCACCCGCAUGGCUGGUCGUGAAGGCAAACGAAUACGCAAAGGCCAACGGCAAGACCCCGUUCGUGGUCUACCAAGCAAAGUACUCCCUCUUGAAGCGCGAUAUCGAGAGCGACAUACUCCCCAUGUGCCGGCACGAAGGCAUAGCCCUCACUCUAUUUAACAUCCUCGAAGGAGGCCACAUCAGGUCUGACGAGGAGGAAGAAAGGCGGCGCCGGACCGGAGAGAAAGGCAGGGUGAGGAACGAGAGCUGGGAGCGGUCUCCUGACGAGAAGAAAAUGUGCGAUGCACUCGAGGCCAUCGCAAAGCAAGUGGGCGCGAAGAACAUUACCGCCAUCGCGAUCGCCUACGUAAUGCAUAAAGCACCAUUCAUGUUCCCGAUUGUCGGCGGCCGCAAGGUCGAGCACCUACACGCAAAUCUCGAGGCUCUAGAGAUCAGCCUUACGCCGGAGCAGAUGUCGUAUCUUGAGGGUGUUCUGCCAUUCAAGAAAGGCUACCCGCAUGAUGCGCUUGGUGAAUAUGGGGAUUACCCGACGUGGAUCCACAUGUCGGCAAAAUUUGACGUACAACCUAUGCUCCCUCCUAUUACGCCAUCAAAAUGACUUGCAAGAAAUGUGCGCUGAGUGCUGUAACUUUAGUCCGAGACUGUCCUGGACCAAGUACCUUCGCUUUAUGGUGUUGUGCACAUCAGGGGAUCAGGAGAGCCGUUAGUCGCCGUCAUACGACCCAAUAGUGUCCAAUGAAACAGUCCAGAAUAUUUGUGUAAUACACAUCGUCGUCACCAUUAGACAGCAGCCCACGGGUGGCUAACUAGAUGUUGUACGGUGACCAAUGCCUGAUAUCGUACAUCGGAAUUAUCGUGCGACAUGAGUUCCAUCAUGCGCGUCUU